UGCUGGGAAUCCGUCACUGAGCUAGCCGAGCGCUUUCAUCUUCCUCUUCCUCAUCCUCCUCCUCUUCAUCCUCCUCCUCCUCCUCUUCUCCGACAUCAUGGCCAAGCAGUACGAUGUGCUGUUCAGACUGCUGCUGCUCGGAGACUCGGGAGUGGGAAAGACCUGUCUGUUAUGCAGAUUCACCGACAACGCGUUUCAUCCCGCACACAUUUCCACCAUCGGAGUGGAUUUUAAAAUGAAGACGUUAGAGAUCGAUGGAAUCAAAGUGAGAAUACAGAUAUGGGAUACGGCAGGACAGGAGCGAUAUCAGACCAUAACUAAACAGUACUACAGACGGGCACAGGGAAUCUUUCUGGUGUAUGACAUCACGAGCGAGCGCUCCUUUCAGCACAUCAUGAAAUGGGCCAGUGAUGUGGACGAGUACGCUCCUGACAAAGUGCAAAAGGUGCUGAUUGGAAACAAAUCUGACGAGGAACACAAGAGACAAGUGGCCACAGAACAGGGAAACAAGCUUGCUAAAGCUUAUGGAAUGGACUUUUAUGAGACAAGUGCCUUUACCAAUCACAACAUCACAGAGUCCUUUACACGUUUAGCCGAGCUGGUGUUGCAGGCUAAUAAAAAGGACCUUGAUCUCCUGCGGGUGUCCAUCAACGACCAGCUGGAUCUAGCGGCGCUGGAGGAAGAGGCGGGAGUAUGUGACGGCAGCAGUAACGCCCAAAAGAGCUGCUGGUGCUGAGGACAGGCAGUGACAUCAACACAUUUUCUUUUCUUAUCCAGUGUCACUUUGGUGGGAUUUUUUUUUUUCUUCUCGGUUUGGUGCCUUCCUUCCAGUCCCAUCACGAACGAACGGACGAACGAACGAACAAGCGAACGAACGAACGAACGAACGAACGGAUGAAGUCAGAAGACUACUGUGCUAUGUUAAAGUCCUCUUUACAUUCAGGAAGCCUAGCCUAAACGACUAGCUAGCAACCUUGUGACAAGUUAGUAGCAAGGUAAGUUAUCCAGCUGUUGUUAGCGUCAUACAUUUUAGUGGUGAAUAAAUUCGCACAGCAGCUGCAGCUGUUUUAUUUAAAUUACAGAGGUGCAGAAACGAUACAGCCUGUCGUAGGAGUCGUAGGGGUGUCUGGAAGACUAAUUUACUACUCGGACACCUUUCCUGACUCGUCUGAUUAAGUGUGUUAGCGUUUACUAAUAAACUUUUUCAGA